GUCCCUGCUGCGUGUGCUGCUGCCACUGUCAGGGCCGUGCUGGCUUCGUGGCUGCUGGGUGAGCGGCUGUCCCCGCUCGGAAAACUGGGGUGCGUGCUCUGCUGUGUCGGUUGCAUUGAGAUCAUCAUCCACACCCCCAAGGGCAGCGAAGUCAAGCGUCUGGCUGAGCUCGAGGACCGCCUCACUGACCCAGUGUUCUGGGUCUACGUGGCCCUGGUGCUGCUGGCGCUGCUGGCGCUCGUGCGUGCAGCGGCAUCUCCCGCCGGAAGCUCUGACGCGCUGGUGCCGAUCGCCAUCUGCUCACUGUUCGGCAGCUUCACGGUGCCGAGCGCCAAGGGCCUGGGCCUCGCCGUCUCGGAGCUGCUGCCCUCGGCGGCGCCCCCCGGCGCGCCGCACGCCACGCGGCUGGCGCUGGCCGCAGCGGCGGUGCUCGCGGUAUCGCUGCCGGCACAGCUGCGGUAUCUGACGCGCGCACUGGCCGUGUCCAGCUCGGCCACAGUGGUGCCCGUGUACUACGCCGGCUUCACCGUCUCGGUGACGGCGGCAUCCUCCGUGCUGUUCCGCGAGUGGGCCGGCGCGAGCGCGGUAGCGGCGCUGGGUGCGGCGUGCGGUUUUGUGACCGUGUGCGCCGGAGUGGUGCUGGUGGAGGCCUACAGAGACGGUGACCCCCCCUUUGCCACGCCAGCCGCCACAAAAGCGAGACUGACAUUGGGCGGUUCUGACGAUGGGCCGAUAUGGCCCAUAAGUCCUCCGUGGACCCGCGACGCGCAGUGGCCUCGUGCGGUUCCCGUGAGUCGCGGAUCGGGGCAGGGUUGCUCCCGCAGUUGCCACCUCUGA